AUGGUUACAAGAAGUAGCUCAAGAUUCGAUUUCAUGUUUGUGUCGCAAAGCUGUACUUGUCACAGGCUUGACAUCGACCGCGAGAGCCACGGGCUUACCCAUCCAAUUAGAACUUCGGAACAGGGUUGCCUUAUAAACACCGCCUCACUUCCCGGCAUCCCCGUAUUAUCUCAUAAGUCUCUUCCAAAGAGUUCCACCGCGCCCAACAUCACUUCUUGUUAUGGAACGCAUGAAACUAACGCCCCGCUUUCACAGCCACAUGGACUUAGUAAUCGUGGGGGCCGCCCCAAAUGUCGGGGCUGGUAUACCCCAGCACGGCUGAAGUGUGGCGAGAAAAUUGAAACCACUGUAGUCGAUGGGUUUAUUACCUUACCGGACUUGCCCGCUAAAGAGAGCGAGAAUGGGGCUCAAGCCUCAGAGGGCUGGCUAAUCUUACAGACCACAGCUAUCACGAUGUCUUUCGAAAUUUGCAACCUUGACGUUGAAAAAGGCAACCCAAGCCUCGAGCCCUCGUUGAACAGCGGCAUCGAACAACCAAUAUCCAGAGAAGAGAACCAGCGCAAGGACGCCCCAAAGCCAAAUCAUGUCAAUUCGAUGCUUUCCCGGCACUCGUCCGUUCCUCUCGUAGUCAGAAACCAGAAAACCAAGUUAUUUCGAAGUUGGAAGCGAUUCGGGAGUGCUGGCUCGGGCCAGAAGGCGGCUUCAAUUGCGAGUCAGGAUGAUGGAGACAAGACACCAGUCGAGACAGAUGCACAAUCCAUUAUUAAGUUGAUAGUUUCCGGCGGACGUUGUGUUCCUUCCUCUGCUGAUCACUCGAAUACUGUGAAGAUGCCGCAGUUUGACGAUCUCCGAGCGUACUUGCCCGCCAACCUUCAAGCUCUAGAGCUUUGGGUGGAUGAGGCCAGUAGGUUGGUUAGCGCUGUACAAAAUCCUGACCCAGUCCUUCCAUUCGACGGAAAAGGACUUUUUGGUGAAGGGAAUGAAGAAGGGUACCAGGAUCUUGGACGUUUGGCAGAGAUGGUCUUGUCUGCUCUAUCACUAUGCAUGCUGGAUAACGAAUGCAUCUACGUCAAAUCCUGCAAGCCUCUGGCGAAUCGAGAUCGACUGAAGAAACUCAUCCAGCAGGCUAGAGUUAGUCAGACGAAUAGUAUGUGGCAGGAAGGAGGAGGAGAAGUGGCGGAAGAACAACGCAAGAAGAAGGACUCGUUUCUGGACUCCAUCUUCGCUCUUAUAGAUUACACCUCCGCUAUCCUAGCUAGGCUACUCGCCCAGGUAGCAGUUGGGAAAUAUUGGUCCGACAACGUCCUGGCCGUCCUGACGCAGAGGGUCGCCAAACUGAAAGUGCUACUAAUCGAUAUGCACGCCAACACGUUGAUUUCCUGUCAGGCUGGUGAGGCAUCUCUCGACCAAACAGACAUAUCCAGCCGCUUGUCAAAUGGAAUCAUGGAUGAGGAAGAGUGCGAAGAGGUUUUGCGCAUGAUCGAUGCUGAGAGCAAGGAGGGUCUGACGACGACCGCUAACGCAGAGGUUGCUCGGUACUGCGUUGACCAAAACCGCUUCCGAUCUGGCAUCGAUACGAUUCUGCGCUAUCUAUUGCUUUCUCUCCGAUUCCAUAACCGAUCGGGACUUCAAGCUACAUCUUUUGAGAUUUGUGGCAUGGUAUACGGGACUGGAUUCGAGGACUUCAAGGCUUUGCUCUUCCAGGACCGAGACUUGGAAUAUUCGGCCUCGUCAGAUCAAGAUGCCCUCAAAACAGCCUACCCCGCCUUCAAAAUCUUGAACGAGGCCUUACAACAGGUGAAACAGAACUGCCCACCUAAAUCUCAAGGUAACUUGCGGACUACGGUAGAAUGGAGGUAUUGUAACGCCCACAACAAGAUAUCCAGCACCACAUUGGCGGACAAUGCAAUGAAUGAACUAUCGAGAUGCAAGCCACAGAAGGCUGUGAUGAAUUCCAUGGCGGACAUCAUCACUGUCAUGAUUCCUCUAGUACUUACAAGCCCCGUCGUGGUUGCCAGCCUAACCGGAUUUCGCGCCGCGUUAGCGCUAGCUUGCGAUGCUAAAGACGUUGUCCGACCUUCUAAGAACAAGGACUACUGCGCUUUCUUUCGCAUGUACACCAAUCAAUUCGAGAAUGACAGUCAGUCAUGGGAUGUCAUGCGCUUGUCAGCGGCAGUCCAGCAAGGAUUCUUUUCCCGCAACAAUCUCAUCCACAGUGGGGCCUCUUCCAAGAAUGCCGGAAAGGUGCAGAGCAAGUUGGUGGAGAGGUCGCGGGAGAUGGAUAGUUGGGUGAUCGACGAGCGCAGCGUCACUGUUGCCUGCAAAUAUCAAGUGUGCUCCAUCCUCUUGGUUGCAUUCAUAAUCGCCGGGGGCGGGUUGGCAAUGAUUGCAUGUGGGAACCGCAUCACAGGAGUUGACCCAUCUAAUUUGUCCAUGUAUCUCUGGAUUUUAGCCGGUUUCUACCUCCUGGUACAAAAGAGUAGAUUCGUGGAAGACUGGCCCUGGAGCGACUUCCUUCGAUUUCGCGUUCGAUGUCGAUCUGUGUCGGAACUGCGCGCCAUCUCAGGCAUCAAUGAGCAACUCAUCAUGGCUAAGCUCUUACACGAUGAGCGGGGUGGAAGCUUGCUCAAAACCCGAGGUCCAUACAAUAAGGUUUUCUCGCAGCGCGAUUCUAACGAUGGUUUCUCCGUUGAUUGUUCUCUUCACAUGACGACGCUACUGCUUAGCGGAUUGAUUAUGCUCAAAGUUGUGACUCCUCGCGGCCAUGCACUAGUUUGUUUAGAUGCACGGCGCGGAACUGAACUCAAGGUCGUUGAGCACCAGGGCAACCAAGCCCAGGAACAUCUGCUCUGCGAGGAUAUCGAUCGUUUGCAGGAUCGACAUGGACAGAAGAAAUCGAAGGAUCGAAUGAGGCUGCAGUUGGCGAUGUCAAAGGAGCUGAAAUGGAAGAGAGUUCAGGUGUUGAUCAUUACAGGGUCUGCGGUGUUAUUGGAGCAAAGGUGUAUUCGCAAAGAUCGUCUCGUAAUGAUUCCACUCUUUCGCUAUGCAAUUAUUAUUUUUAUUACUUUCUUUGAUUUAGAUCUCCUUUUGAAGAUUCAAGAUGCAGGGUUUCUUUGCACAGCUCUACAGGCUCGUAAGAUGAUCAUCAAGUGCUUCGCUGGAAAGAAAGGCAAGGAUAGAAUAUGUGCACCCUGCGCAAUUCACAGACUGAGCCCCCGUCCGAUUGGUCAUAACUAUCUUUCCGAGCUGCCUUGGAAACUAGGUACUCUAGCCCAAUAUCAUUACGCAAAACCUCACUACGAGGCUCAAGAUCGGCCGGGCCGAGGCCGCCUCCGGCAGAACGUGCACCCAAAAACAUACAUCAAAUAUUACACUAUCUCUACCGCCAAGCCCUCUCUCCUAUUGAAAAUCGGUAACCAAAAAGCCGCGUUACUGUUUGUUUUUAAGCUUCAAGUAAUCGUUCUGCUAUGCUACAUGCUUGAUCCGGUCUUCUUUUUUUCCUAUCGUGAUCGACUACCGCACGACCUUCCAAGCAAAGCCCGCUGCAGGCGAAAAGGGGGUUCCAGAGGAUCUCCCCCUGGUUAA